AUGUCUACGACUAACCCAGACCAAAUUGAGACAGAAUGGGACCAGCUCCAGCGUAAAUACGGCAAUCUUCCUCCCAAACCUCCUAGAGAGACAGAAGAUCAGAAAACCAAGGAACUCGUCAAUGCCCUCGAGGAGGUAGAUACACUUGAAGGCAAAACACUGGAUCAGCUAGAUGCCCUUGAAGAUGAAUUAGACGAAGAUACACUCACAAAAUACAGAAACAAACGGAUAGAAGAGAUGAAGAGGCAGCAGCGAAGAAACAGGUUUGGCGAGCUAUUACACCUAGGGAAGGACGACUUUCUGACCGAGGUGACAAAAGCAUCCGCAGUCGACCCGGAUGCCCAAGAAACAUCAGAAUCAGCAGGUUCCUCUAGUCAGCAUGAGCAACUGGAGCAACAAAAUUGCGGGACCUGGGUGGUAUUGCACCUGUACCAGGAAAGUGCUUCCCCUUGCGUGCUGAUCAAUCGUUGUUUGGCAACUUUGGCGGCAAACUACAAAGAAGUGAAGUUCAUGAAGGCGAUAAGCACCGAUGUCGUGCCUGACUACCCCAACAGUAGGCUUCCGACUGUUCUUCUAUAUUUUGGAGGAACCUGUAAAAAGCAAAUCGUUGGAGUGGAUGAAUGGGGAGGCAAAGACAUCAACAAGAAUACCAUUGAACGAGCCCUGAAACGCUUUGGCGUGCUGCGGAGAGAAGGGGAAAUGGCGCAGUCCGAUAAUUCAAGUGAUGAGUCCGACGAAGAGAAAGAAAGAAUAAGAGGCAAAGGGUAUUCAUCUAUGCGUCUGGACAAUCUUCUGAGCAGACGGCUCUGA